UGCCGAUUCAAAUUGAACGGCGGGUGGGUCGCGAAGCCGUUUCUGCUGGAGUAGAUGCGGGCGCUCUAAUCCGGUGGGGUCCCAACGGCCUUUCCUCUCACGCGCCUCCUGCAGGUUAAACCAGAUGUUCUUUGAGAAGACACAGCUUUUAAUUCUGAACCUCAUGCAGUACAAAAUUUAAGAAUAAGUUUCAUAUGACAAAGAUGGAGACGACAAUUCUGAAUUUACGGAAUUUCUUUGACCAGCUCAUGUGCCAAGCAGAAAUUCUAAAUGAAAACAGUGAAUACCAAUUUCUCCAACUGGCCAAGAAUUUUGAAGAGUUUAGGAGAAAAUGGCAGAAAAUGGAUCAUGAGAUGGCCAGAUACAAAGAUUUACUGAUGAAAACAGAAACUGAGCGUAGUGCUCUUGAUGUGAAACUGAAACAUGCACGCAACCAAGUAGAUGUGGAGAUCAAGAGAAGACAGCGAGCUGAGGCAGAUUGUGAAAAGUUGGAGCAGCAGAUUCAGCUGAUCAAAGAGCUUCUCAUGUGUGAUUCAUCAGGCAGCAUACAGCUGAGUGAAGAACAGAAAUCGGCGCUGGCCUUUUUAAACAGGCCUCAGAUGUCCAUUGGUGGUAAUAAAAGGCUGUCAACAAUAGAUGAAUCCGGUUCAAUUUUAUCUGACAUCAGUUUUGACAAAACUGACGAAUCAUUGGAUUGGGAUUCCACAAUGGUAAAGACUGUUAGGUUGAAAAAAAGAGAAAAAAGGCGCUCUUCUAGACAGUUUAUUGAAGGUCCACCUGGUCCUUUAAAGAAAACUCGUUCCAUUGGCUCUACAGUAGAUCAGGGAAAUGAAUCCAUAGUUGCAAAAACAACUCUCACAGUACCUAAUGAUGGCGGCCCAAUUGAAGCAGUUGCCACUAUUGAGACUAUACCUUACUAUGUUGGAAACCAAAGAAAGGCAGCCAUCCUACAGCCUUGGAACAGUGACUCAAGCCUGGGAAGCAGGAAGGUUGGAAACAAAUCUGAAACAGAUGGAUCUAGCACUCCUGGAAGCACUGGGACGAGACAACACGAAUUUGUGUCCAAAACGGUUAUUAAACCUGAGUCAUGUGUUCCAUGCGGGAAGCGGAUAAAGUUUGGAAAAAUGUCCCUGAAAUGCAGAGACUGUCGGGUAGUUACACAUCCAGAAUGUCGAGAUCGCUGCCCCCUGCCCUGUACCCCUACCGUAGCAGGAACCCCUGUCAAAAUUGGACAGGGAGUUCUGGGGGAUUUUGUACCUCUGACGAGUCCAAUGAUCCCCUCCAUUUUAGUUCACUGUGUAAAUGAGAUUGAGAGACGAGGCUUGAAUGAGACGGGCCUCUACCGAAUUUCUGGCUGUGACCGCACAGUGAAAGAUUUGAAGGAGAAAUUCCUUAGAGGGAAAACAGUACCCCUACUUAGCAGAGUGGAAGAUAUCCAUGCUAUAUGUGGCCUUCUUAAAGAUUUUCUCCGCAAUCUUAAGGAGCCUCUUCUUACUUUCCGUCUCAAUAAGGACUUUAUGGAAGCAGCAGAAAUUAUAGAUGAGGACAACAGUGUAGCAGCCAUGCAUCAAACUAUUGGAGAGCUACCACAGGCUAAUAGGGAAACGCUGGCAUUCCUCAUGAUUCACCUGCAGAGAGUGGCUCAAAGUCCAGAUACCAGAAUGGAUAUUUCCAACCUGGCUAGAGUCUUUGGGCCUACCAUUGUUGGCCAUGCUAUCCCAGAACCUGAUCCCAUGACACUACUCCAGGACACAAAAAGGCAACCUAGGGUUGUGGAACGGUUGCUCACUUUGCCUGUGGGUUACUGGAGCCAGCUUAUCAUGGUAGAACAGGAAAAUAUUGAGCCAGCUCACAUCAUUGAAAAUGCCAAUGCUUACUCCACACCCUGCACACCUGAUAUUAAAGUGAGCAUGUUGGGACCACUCACUACUCCAGAACAGCAAUUGGUAAAAACUUCUUCAAGCAGCUCACUGUCUCAGAAAGUCAAAUCUACAUUUAGCAAAACCACUCCCAAAUUUGGAAGCAAAAGCAAGUCUGCGACAACUCUUGGACGGCAAGGAAACUUUUUUGCUUCCCCAAUGCUGAAAUGAAAUAUCCUGGUAUUCUGAUUAUCUGCUUAGUGCAAUUAUAAAGACCAGCAAUAAAAUCUCAAAUUGUUCCUUCACUUCCUAACAACAAUGUGUAAUAGUUUCAGUAAUAUAUAUCUGCUUUUUUGCUUUUUUUAAAUUUAGUUGAAUUUUAUUCAGUCUAAGAUUCUAGUCAUAUCACAUUUAUUGUAGAGUAUAACUGGCAUAAUCCACUCAGUGUGUAAGUAGGGAAUUUGCAAAUUUGCUUGCUUGUUUUUGAAAAUAUGUCUCUAGCUGGGAAGCUGCCAUCACUGGAAAGGAAUGUAGUUUGAAAAACUAAUGGUUUUCUUCAUUUCACAAGCUCUGGAUAAAAUAAGUGCUGAUCCAUUACAAAGGGUAUCUACUUGAAACUAUAUAAAUUCAAAAUGUGAUCAUGUGAAAAAUUGAAACCCAGUGGUCCAUUAGUGCAUAUACACAUUGUAUAAGGUAUUUCUUUUUAUAUCAAAGGAGGAGAUAAUAAACUAAUUGAGUAAAUGAGAUAAUAGUAUGUUGUCACUUUAACUCUAAUUUCACCCACUUAGAUUAUAUGAAUUAUAUACAUUUGUUGAAAUCAUGUGCUUUGCAUUGGGAAGACUGUUAAGAUUACAGUCAUAGCAAUGUGAAAUUAUUUUUGAAUAUACAUCUACAAAGCUUUCUGAUAAAGGGAAUUCUUAAAAGAGCUGUCAUUAAAUAGAAGUUGAAUGUAAUAUCUGUUGAUGGAUGUAUGGGAUAAAUCUGUCCUUUUGGCUUUUUAAUUAUUUUCUGUUUUAUGUUAAAAACCACUCUCUAUUUAAGAGCAUGUUACUUUGCAGCAUCAAAAAUAGCAUAGAUAAAAUGACAGAUUAGAACGAGGAAAUUAGUAAACUUGGAUAAUCUUACCAAACAAGAAAAGAAUGGGUGCAAGAAAAUUUAUUGCACAACUUCCAUUCUAUAGAUGUUUCAGAUUGAGGCAUUUUCUGCCGUGGUAAAUGCUGUUACUAUCAGGAAUCUCUGUACAAUUGGAAUGUGGAGAUGGGUUUCAAAAUUCUCCCCAAGUAUCUGGAUGGUGGGGAGGAGAGACUUUUUUUUUGCCUUUACUUUGUUGCCAAAUUUAUUUAGAGAUAUUUGAUAGGAAUUUCCAGUACUUGGUUCUAGAUAACUUUGAACAGGUGAGGGAAAAAAUGGUCAGGGACCAUUCUCUCAAAUUUGUGUAAAUUAUGAGGAAAGAUUACCAUGGGGUUUUAUCUUUGAGGAUAACCCAGGGGUGAAAUGCUCCUGAUUCGGACCAAUUGGCCGAUCUGGUAGCGAUGGCAGCGGGUGAGUCGAAGAACUGGUAGCAAAAAUCCCUGCCCCC